AUGACAUUAUUUUCAUCUGUUUUUCUUUUUGUCCGCCACUCUUUUUCCUUUACGUCUAUUUCUCUGUCUCUCUCCCUCUCAAUUCCUCUGUCUCUCUCCCUCUCAAUUCCUCUGUCUCUCUCUGUUCCACUUUCUCCCGAUUUCCACACGUUUAUCUGUCUACCUUUCUAUGUUCUCCAGACUGUCUCUCUUGCCUGUUUCUUUCUCUCAUUCUCUCUCUCCCUCCCCCACUCUCUCUCUCUCUGUCUUUCUUCGCCUGUCUUUUUCCCUCAUAUCUGUCUUUCCUAUUGGUUUCUCUCUUCCUCUGUCCGCUUCAGUGUUUUCCCCUCUCUCACUUUUCCUAUCUUUCUCUUACACACUCUCUCUUUUAUUCCAGUCUCUUUUUUUCUCUCUCUCUCUCUCUCUCUUUCGCUCUCUAACGCUCCCCCCAUCUCUUUCUCUUUCCAUGUCUAUCUCUCCACUCCUAUCUGUCUCUCUCUCUUCCCCUGUUUCUUUCUUCCCCUGUCUCUCUCUCUCUCUCCCCCCCCCCCUUCGUCUCUUUUAAUGGCGUUAGCUUUUUUUUUAAGCAUUUCCUCUUCCUACCUUUCCUCUUUCUUCCGCCUCCUGGACGUCUCAUUUAAUGAACUAGAUAACCCUAACCCAACCAUCCACCAACCAUCAGUGACUUCUGUCUCUCCUCACUCUCGCUAUUUUUCCCGCCAUGCAUUUCCCUCCAUUGCCAUGAAUUUUUUUUCUAAAAUGGCGAUCGCCCUAAAAGUACACCUUCGCCCGACUUUUACUAUCAUGACGCUUAAUAACGCUUUCAACCAAAUUUAUUCCGUUUCUACAACAUCAGCAGGAGCAGCAGCAGCAACGCAUCUUGCAGUUACGUCAUUGCUUGUUGGAGAAGCACCAUCAACUCUUGCAGUUUCCAUAGUAAUAAUGGUAUUAACGACUGGUAGUACCAGUAUUAAUCGCACUGAAGCGUUGAUAUUCGUGUCAACAGAGGACGGCAGAAAUUAG